AUGGCUGCUGAGAGAGCGAUGGGGCCACUGAUCGAUGUGGUGAAAGAGGCGGUGCUAGCGGCAGUGAGAGAGGAGCUGGCUGCACACAAGGAGGAGGUGAAUGAGCUGCGGCACAUGCUGACUGUUGCUGAGCAGAGGAAUGGGGCAACCACUGCUGCGAUGGAGGAGAACAGGAGAGAGUUUAUUGCAGCGAAGACGGAGUUUAUUGAAGUGAAGAGGGAGCUGAUUGCAGUGAAGACGGCGUUGUUUACAGUAAAUGCGGAGUUGGGCGAGCACAAGCAGUCAACUGCAUUGAAGUCGGAGGAGGCUGAGAGAAAGCUAGUGGCGGAGAUGAGAGGGCGGGUGGAGGAGAGGGAGAGGAAGUUUGCAGCAUUGCAGGGGGGGGUGAACGCAGUGAGGGGGGAGGUGACUACAGUGAAAGGGGAGGUCACUGAGCAGACCCUUCGUGUGCUCAAGCUUGAAGCUGCCUUGAAGGAGGCUUUGGUCGCACUUGCAAUGUGGCAGGCAGAGCCAUACAUUACACGAGAGUGGAUGCACGGGGGCGACGAUGGAGGUGGUAGUGGGAAGGGUGAGGCUGCAGCAGCCGUAUUGUGGCAUGACUCGUUGCAGCAUGGCAUGGUUGUGGCAGUAGAGUCUAUCGUGGGCGUGAGACACGAGGGAGGGCGCAGUAGUACCAGAGACGCUGAGGCAGGAAGAGCAGCUGAGGCGAGCCAAGGAGGCAGCAGAGACGGCAAGCGACGCCACCAGCAUGUUCCUAACCUAAGCUCGACAACUGCAGCAACUUACACGUGCCUCAAUUCAUUGGGGGCGCUCUUGAUACUGUUGAUCUUGCUACAGGGGCACCUCCUCUGUUGGGGCAACUUCUUACCGGCUGGACUGCUGCAGCCGAAUCCUCCCCAAAAUGAUCCUAUUCAGCUCAGAGAGAUGUCAGAAAGGUGCCACACAGCAGCAGAAACCGAGUCACUAGUUUACCAGACACAAGGGGGUGCAUCGAGUGGGUGGAGCGUGGGGCUGCAGUAA